CCCUACAGCCUGCCUCUGACAAGAACCCAAUGCCCAACCCUAGGCCAGCCAAGCCCGUGGCUCCUUCCUUGGCCCUUGGCCCAUCCCCAGGAGUCUUGCCAAACUGGAAGACAGUACCCAAGGGCUCAGAACUUCCAGGGACUAGGGGUCCUGGGGGAACCUUCCAAGGCCGGGACCUGAGAGGUGGGGCCCACACGUCGUCUUCCUCCUUGAACCCCCUACCACCAUCACAGCUGCAGCUGCCUACUGUGCCCCUAGUCAUGGUGGCACCCUCUGGGACCCGACUGGGACCCUCGCCUCACUUGCAGGCACUUCUCCAGGACAGACCACAUUUCAUGCAUCAGCUCUCCACUGUGGAUGCCCAUGCCCAGACCCCUGUGCUACAAGUGCGCCCACUGGAUAACCCAGCCAUGAUCAGUCUCCCACCACCGUCUGCUGCCACUGGAGUCUUCUCCCUCAAGGCCCGGCCUGGCUUGCCACCUGAGAUCAACGUGGCGAGUCUGGAAUGGGUGUCCAGGGAGCCAGCUCUACUCUGUACCUUUCCACGCUUGGGUACACCCAGGAAAGAGAACAACCUUUUGGCUGCACCACAAGGAUCCUACCCACUGCUGGCAAAUGGAGUGUGCAAGUGGCCUGGCUGUGAGAAGGUCUUUGAGGAGCCAGAAGAGUUUCUCAAGCAUUGCCAAGCAGACCACCUCCUGGAUGAGAAGGGCAAAGCGCAGUGCCUCCUCCAGAGGGAAGUGGUGCAGUCUCUGGAGCAGCAGCUGGAGCUGGAAAAGGAAAAGCUGGGUGCUAUGCAAGCCCACCUGGCCGGGAAGAUGGCAAUGGCAAAGGCCCCAUCGAUGGCCUCAAUGGACAAGAGUUCUUGCUGCAUUGUAGCCACCAGCACCCAGGGCAGUGUUCUUCCUGCCUGGUCUGCUCCCCGGGAGCCUCCAGACAGCCUGUUUGCAGUGCGGAGGCAUCUCUGGGGAAGCCAUGGAAACAGCACCUUUCCAGAGUUCUUCCACAACAUGGACUAUUUCAAGUUCCACAACAUGCGGCCCCCUUUCACAUAUGCCACCCUCAUCCGAUGGGCCAUCCUGGAAGCUCCAGAGAAGCAGAGGACACUCAAUGAAAUCUACCAUUGGUUUACGCGCAUGUUCGCCUACUUCCGAAACCACCCUGCCACCUGGAAGAAUGCCAUCCGCCACAACCUGAGCCUACACAAGUGCUUCGUGCGAGUAGAAAGCGAGAAGGGAGCGGUGUGGACCGUAGAUGAAUUUGAAUUUCGCAAGAAGAGGAGCCAACGCCCCAGCAAGUGCUCCAACCCCUGCCCUUGACCUCAAACCCC